AUGCCCAGCCUGACGCUGUGGACGGGCCUCUGCUCUGCAUCCAGGGUCAUCAGCCGUGCUCCGGGCCUCAAGUUGGUGGUGGAGACUCUGAUAUCGUCACUCAGGCCCAUCGGGAACAUCGUGCUCAUCUGCUGCGCCUUUUUCAUCAUCUUCGGCAUCCUGGGGGUGCAGCUCUUCAAAGGGAAGUUUUACUACUGCGAAGGCGCUGACACCAGGAACAUCUCCACCAAGGCUGAGUGCCAGGCCGCACGCUACCGCUGGGUGCGGCGCAAGUACAACUUCGACAACCUGGGCCAGGCGCUGAUGUCCCUGUUUGUGCUGUCCUCCAAGGACGGCUGGGUGAACAUCAUGUACGACGGGCUGGAUGCCGUGGGCAUAGACCAGCAGCCCGUGCCCAACCACAACCCCUGGAUGCUGCUGUACUUCAUUUCCUUCCUGCUCAUCGUCAGCUUUUUUGUGCUCAACAUGUUCGUGGGCGUCGUGGUGGAGAAUUUCCACAAGUGCCGGCAGCACCAGGAGGCCGAGGAGGCCCGGCGGCGCGAGGAGAAGCGGCAGCGGCGGCUGGAGCGAAAACGCAGGAGCACUUUCCCCAGCCCAGAGGCCCAGCGCCGGCCCUACUACGCCGACUACUCGCCCACCCGCCGCUCCAUCCACUCGCUCUGCACCAGCCACUAUCUUGACCUCUUUAUCACCUUCAUCAUCGGGGUCAACGUCAUCACUAUGUCCAUGGAACACUACAACCAGCCCAAGUCGCUGGACGAGGCUCUCAAGUACUGCAACUACGUGUUCACCAUCGUCUUCGUCUUUGAGGCCGUGCUGAAGCUUGUGGCUUUUGGGUUCCGGAGGUUCUUCAAGGACAGGUGGAACCAGCUGGACCUGGCCAUCGUGCUGCUGUCCAUCAUGGGCAUCACACUGGAGGAGAUCGAGAUGAACGCAGCUCUGCCCAUCAACCCCACCAUCAUCCGCAUCAUGCGCGUGCUCCGCAUCGCCCGCGUGCUGAAGCUGCUCAAGAUGGCCACAGGCAUGCGGGCUCUGCUGGACACGGUGGUUCAAGCCCUGCCCCAGGUAGGGAACCUCGGCCUACUUUUCAUGCUCCUGUUUUUUAUCUAUGCUGCCCUGGGGGUGGAGCUGUUUGGGAGGCUCGAGUGCAGUGAGGACAACCCCUGUGAGGGCCUGAGCCGGCACGCCACCUUCUCCAACUUCGGCAUGGCCUUUCUCACGCUGUUCCGCGUGUCCACGGGGGACAACUGGAAUGGGAUCAUGAAGGACACGCUGCGGGAGUGUGCCCGCGAGGACAAGCACUGUCUCAGCUACCUGCCCGCUAUCUCCCCCAUCUACUUCGUCACCUUCGUGCUGGUGGCCCAGUUCGUGCUGGUGAACGUGGUGGUGGCCGUGCUCAUGAAGCACCUGGAGGAGAGCAACAAGGAGGCCCGCGAGGACGCCGAGCUGGACGCCGAGUUGGAGCUGGAGGUGGCACAGGGGCCGCCCGCCUGCCCCCGGCCCGUGGCCCAGCACAGCCCAGACGCCCCCGGCCUGCUGGUGGUGCGCAAGGUGUCGGUGUCCAGGAUGCUGUCCCUGCCCAAUGACAGUUACAUGUUCCGGCCCGUGGCGCCCGCCUCAGCCCCACACCCCCGCCCGCUGCGGGAAGCAGACGUGGAGAUGUGCUCGGGCGCGGCCGCCGCAGGCCCAGUGACCUCCGCACACUCCCCGCCCGUGGAGCCCUGCACCUCUCUCCAGGUCCCCUCGGUGGCCACGCUCUCCCCGGCCAGGGACAGCGACACUCUCCAUGCCCUGUCCCCUCAGGGUGCAGCCCGCUCCCCCAGCCUCAGCCGGCUGCUUUGCAGACAGGAGGCCAUGCGCACCGACUCACAGGAAGGGCAUGUUAAUGGCCCCAGGGACAGCGGCCCGGGCUGGGGGGAGCCUGGCAGGAAGACCCCUGUGAGGCAAGCGUCCCUGGGGGCCUCCAUACGGUCCCCACCCCGGUCCCCGUGGCCCAGCAGUGUCCGCACCCGCAAGCACGCUUUCGGGCAGCGCUGUGUCUCUGGCAGGCCACUGGCCCCAGGAGGGGAGGAGGCUGAGACCCCGGAUCCUGCCGACGAGGAGGUCAGCCAUAUCACCAGCUCGGCCCUGAGCCCCGCAGCCUCACCCACUGCCCGAGGAGGGGGAGGCAGUGACCCGGACCUGCGGAGGUUCUACAGCGUGGACACCCAGGGCUUCCUGGACAAGCCCGGCCAGGCAGAUGAGCAGAGGCGGUCCUCUGGGGAGCAGGGGGGCGGGGAUGGCCACCUGGAGGGCAGGGAGGCAAAGGCUCGGGCCCCAGAGGCCGAGCCAGCCUUGGGGGCACGGAGGAAGAAGAAGAUGAGCCCGCCCUGCAUCUCCGUAGACCCCCCAGUGGAGGACGAGGGCACAGCUCGGGCCCCAGUGGCCGAGGGCAGCAGCACCACUCUGCGGCGGCGGACCCCGUCCUGUGAGGCCAUGCCACACAGGGACUCCCUGGAGCCCGUGGAGGGGGCAGGGGUGGACCCUGCCGCCAGGGGGGAGCGUCGGGCCCAGGCCCCCUGCCGUGCAGAACACCUGACCGUCCCCAACUUUGCCUUUGAGCCGCUGGACGCGGGGGGCCCUGGCGGAGACCCAUUUUCAGAUGAUGGCCAUAGUAUGGCCCCAGAACCCAGGGCUUCCUUCUCAGGGGCCACGGUGCCUCCUGAACCCCACAAAACAGAGCCUCCCAUGCCCUCCAGCGACCCCCCAGAGAAGGGGCGGGGGCUGCACCUCAAAGUCCUCCAGAGCCCCCCAAAGAAAGCAGGGUCUCCCCCAGCCACCCCCACCCUGGGUAACAGUGUAAACAGGCCCGUGUAGCUCAGGGCAUGGUGCCACACAGGUUUUAGCAGUGGGGUUGGGGUGCACCCAGCAGGGUGGCAGCCCCGGGCAGGGCUGUGCGUGGACCCCAGCGCGGGCCCUGCUGCGGCGGAGAGGCCCGUAAGGCUGUCCGCCCAGGGAGGGAGGCGGACACUGGGUCUGGGCAAAGCAGAACAGGGAGGAGCCCCUCAGCCUAUGAGCCUCCAUCUGGUGGAUUCAGGUUUGGGUUUUUCCGAGUUUCGUCACCAUGGUCUGAGGCCGUGCCAGCGCCCGGUCAGGGGUCCCCUGACAGCCGCUGUGUCCCCGCAACAGGGAUCAGGAAACGACCAGAAGGAGGCAGUCCGAGGCUACCCAGCAGAGCCCUGUUCUCACGCCCACUUACUUUUCUAGGGAACACGUGCUUGGGGCCACCUGUGCCCUCCUGGGUGGCAGCUUGGUCCCCGAGGCCGCCACACCCAUGCUCACUGUCCCUCAGUCUGAGUUCUCACCUGUCCGUCCCCACUCCUUGUCACUGUCUCCCCAGCUCCCUUCUGGGCCCACGCCCCACCAUUCUGCCCUCGGGUAUUCCAGACGCGCCCACGUCGCAGGGGCGUGGGGUCCGUGCAAUAAAGUCCCCCGCCGCUGCCGGCGGCCCCGCCUGCGCCUGGGCAGAGCGGUGCCCGCCAAUGCCCCUGCAUUUCGUGGACCUUUCUUUUAUAAAUUCAGGUUAAACAAUGCAAUAAUCUGAUACAGGAAAUUUGGCUUCUUAAGGGAAGGGGCAGCAGGGGUGGGGGCCAAGCAAAGCGGAAUAAAUACUAACUUAUUUAAGAAA